AACAAGGCAACAUCGGGCCAUCUCUCCAAGGCUGUCUUCGUCAUGAGCAACUUCAACCCCCUCAUAUCCAAUGGCACAUGCUAUUUCUCCACGGACAAGAAGUCUGACGAGAGUUUUAUUCCAUGCGGCAAUGAUGCGCUGGGAAGGCAAACCUGCUGCGGUGUGGGUGACAAUUGUCUCGGAAACCGAGCCUGCUACAAUGGCGCCUUUGGGUUGACCUACCUCGCUGGCUGCACCGACCCUGAGUAUCAGCACGAUAGCUGUCCGGACAAGGGGGACCUUUAUGAGUCGCCGUGGACUGGGCUUGUGUAUUGCAAUGGCACUUCAAAUCAGUGGAUGGCAUGCGAGCAGAGCAACAAGCCUUCGGCUCUCCGCAAAGGUGACUUUUGCUUUUGCCCUCGCGAAACCGAGUCUCGGAGGAUUGUCUUCUCUGCACCGUCCACCCUCGUCAAUAUCGGGUCCCUACCACCAAAGAUUAGCAGCUCUAUUCGGUUUGAGAAUGGCUUCGUCCCGACUCAGCCGCCAGGCCAGACGACAGUGACGAUGCUCCCGCCCACCGGCACCGGCCCUGCCAACAACAGCCCGCAAGAGACGAAUCCUGCCAACAGUCAAGGAGAACCCCCAAGUAACGAUAGUGGCGCCGGCGGUCUUUCCACGGGUGCAAAGGCUGGCAUCGGUGUCACUGUCGGUGCAGUAGCCCUCAUGGCCCUGGCCGCUUUUGUCUUGAUCUUCAUGCGCCGCCGGAAGCAGCAGGCCGCAGCAACGCCCAAUGAGAAACACCCCGAAAAUGGCAUAUUCGCAUCGUCUGCACCGCACCACGGCGACGACGAUGACCACUUCGCGUCAGGCUUCGGCGCUAAGACCGUCGGACCCAACAAUCACCUCUCGAUUACGAGCAGCAGCCACGGCACCCCUAGCAUGAUGACGGGCGUUGCCACCCCCAAUACCCCGGCCGUAUCGGAGCUAGACUCGUACGCCGCGCGGCCCUGGAGCAUGAGGAGCGAGCUUCCGGGAAGCGACAACGCUGCUGGUGGCUGGGAGUCGCACCAGAAACACGCGCCUAACGCCCAGCCCGUCACGCCUGUGACCUCCGAGCAUGCGCAGCCGGCAGCAUCUCAUUACCCGGGCUUCCGACCCUACCGACCUCCAGGAGACCCCCUUGCAGCGAACGGAUCCGUAUCCCCGGUUCCAGGUUCGCUGGUUCCCGGCGGAGGGGCAAACAUGUAUCAGCAGCAAGGAACAAACGCGCAACAACAAUCAUCCAGGCCCGGUGCGCUGAGUCCGGUGCAUGAGCUGCCCUGA